AUGCCCACUCUGAUCCUGGGGGAAGAUGUCCCUGGGGACCUUCAGGGUGCCCAAUGCCCCAACAAGCCCCCAGCUCUACUCUUGCCUCCAGACACCGAGAAGACCCCAGACUACUGGAAUGAAGGGGCCAGGAGGAGGCUGGAAUCAGCCCUGUCCUUGCAGCUAGCAGCACAACGGGCCAAAAAUAUUAUUCUCUUCAUGGGUGACGGCAUGGGCUUGUCCACCAUGUCAGCAGCUCGGAUCUACAAGGGGCAGCUGGCUGGCGGCUCGGGCGAGGAGAGCGUCUUGGCCAUGGAGACCUUUCCCCAUGUGGCCCUGGCCAAGACCUACACCAUCGACCGGCAGGUGCCUGACAGUGCUGGCACGGGCACAGCCUAUCUCUGCGGGGUGAAGGCCAACGCCAAGACCCUGGGGCUGAGUGGGGCGGCCACUUACGGCAAAUGCCGCAGCUCCUUUGGCAACGAGGUGGACUCCAUCCUCCACCGGGCCAGACUGGCAGGCAAGUCGGUGGGCAUCGUGACGACCACGCGGGUGCAGCACGCGUCCCCCGGGGCAGCCUAUGCCCACUCGGCCAGCAGGAGCUGGUAUGCUGAUGCCAACAUGCCCAAGGAGGCCUUGCGGGAUGGCUGCAAGGACAUCGCCUACCAGCUGGUGCACAACACAGACAUCAACGUGAUCCUGGGUGGUGGGCGGAUGUACAUGACCCCCACGCGGACCCGAGACCCUGAGUACCCAGAGGACUCGGCUCAGAAUGGCAUCAGGAAGGACGGCCUGGACUUGAUUGCUGAAUGGCUGAGUUCCAAGCAGGGUGCCCGCUAUGUCUGGGACAAGAAGGGCCUGGAUGCAGUGAAGGAUGACUCCGUAAGCCACCUGAUGGGCCUCUUCGAGCCCAAGGACAUGAAGUAUGAGCUGAACCGCAACAGCUCCAUGGACCCCUCCAUCGUGGAGAUGACAGAGAAGGCCAUUCGCAUCCUGCGCAGGAACCCCAACGGCUUCUUCCUCUUCGUGGAAGGUGGCAGGAUUGACCAUGGCCACCACAAUGGCCGGGCCAAGCAGGCGCUGAUGGAGGCCGUCAUGCUGGACCGGGCAGUGGCGCGGGCAGGCGAGCUCACCUCCCCUUCUGACACCUUGACUGUGGUGACAGCUGAUCACUCCCAUGUCUUCACCUUUGGGGGCAACACACUGCGUGGCACCUCCAUCUUUGGGCUGGCCCCCAAGAAAGCCAAGGACAAGCGAGCCUACACCAGCAUCCUCUAUGGCAAUGGUCCUGGCUACAGCAUCCGCAACGGGGGACGCCCAGCUGCCAGCCUCCCUGCUGCAGAGGACAAGGACUACAGGCAGCAGGCAGCUGUGCCCCUGGAGACAGAGACCCACAGCGGGGAGGAUGUGGUGGUGCUGGCCCGGGGUCCCAUGGCCCACCUGUUCCACGGGGUGCAGGAGCAGCACUACAUUGCCCAUGCCAUGGCCUAUGCCGCCUGCCUUGAGCCCUACGCCACCCAGCCCGGGUGCAUGGCAGCCCGCAGGGCCUCCCAGGGCACCCAGUGCUCCCCACAGCCCCUACUCACCCUUCUGGCCCUCUGCAUGGCUGCCCACAUGGUAAGGGGCUGA